AUGGAUGAGCUCGCCGAUGCGUCUCAGGAGGAGGAGCAGCUGUUCCCGAACGUUGCGUUCACGUUCCACUCCUGGAUGACAGACACGCUGUCCAUGAAGGAGGGGACGACCAAGAACUAUUGCAAUCAGCUUCGGCUUCUGUUCGAGGAGGAUGGCAAGUCGUUCCCCUGCAUGGCGUCGCCGGAGUACUUCACAAUGGUGAGGAACUCCCCUGUGAACAGGCGCGGCAACAACCAGCGGUCGGCGUGCGUCAAGAAGUUCAUGGAGUUCUGGAGCGCGAAGGGCGGAAAGCUGUGGAACGAGAAGGGCGGCUGGGUGCAGGCACCGCCGAACUUGCACACGUUGAAGGGUCCGAUCGGUACGGGCCGAUCAGACGGCGAGGGCACCAGCGGCUCCAGCCUGCCCAGACCUGCGCAGGGGCACGGGGGAGGUGCGCCCGCAGCGCUGGCGCCGUCGCAGUCGGCCGACAAGAGCUCGCCGGGCAAGGAGUCCCUGGACGUUGCUGCCUCGCGCUCCGCCACGGAGCCCGCGGCGACGUUAUCGGGCGCUGGCGGCGGCGGUGGCUCGUCGAGUUCGUCGCACAAGCCGCCGCCGCCCGCCGCCAAGCCGAGCGAGUGGUCAGAUGCAAGCCCAGAGGACAGGAAGGACCUCCCGGACUUGCUGGUGCGUUUCAGGAGAUGGAUCGAGACGAGGAAGAGCGACGAAGUAGCCAGUGCGACUGCCAAAUCCUUCGGCGACCUCUUCAAGAAGCACAACGCGCCGCUCGCGGUCAUGGGCAGCAGCGAGUUUGUCAGGUGGCUCAAGUCGCCGAGCAAGGCUAAACCUGGCCAGAUGGGCCUCAAGAGUGCUAUGUGGUUCGGGCACUUCUGGGUGGAGGGGCUCGGGCGCAAGCUCGAGGGCACCCUCUGCGAGGUGCCGGACUUGAGGCCAGGGGCAGCAGCGCAGGCGCCGCCAGCGGUCGGUGCCGCGACAGAGCCCAGGCAGGGCGGGAAGCGCAGGCUGGGCGACGGCUUGACGGAGCGGGGCGCCAAGAGGCGGAGGGAGCUGGAGGAGCUGCUGGCCCAGCCAGAGGAGGACCCACCGGCCGUCGAGUCCGACACCGAGUACGCGGGGGGAGACGUGGAGCGUUUUGCCAAGGUGUGCAUCGUCGAGGCCAGCGGUAGCCCCAAGAUCGACGGCCCGUACCGCCGCUAUCGCGGCCUCAGCAGGGGCAGGCCGUGCUACAGCAAGGUGCUCGAGCACGGCCGCCUGUUCUUCUACUGGUCCAAAGGCGUGUGGCGCAUCGGCAAAAUCUUCGGGGGAACGUCCUGCAUGGCGAAGGUCAAGGACAUCGACGGCACCGACGUCGUCUUCCCGAGCGGACCUUACCCUCAUGUGUGGAAGGUGUUCCAGAACAGCGGGGACGGCCCGGACGCCGACGGCAAGAAGAGCGCCCGCCCGGUGCCGCUCAUGCGGGUCUUCGACUCGGCGGCCGAGGACGAGUUGCGUGGCCGCUCGCCGUUGGCGAGGCUGCCGGCCCUGCGGGAGCCCUCGGAGUCCCUGGCGAAGGUGCAAGCCGCCGCCCCCGCGGCCGCGGAGUCGCGGGGCGCCGCCGCGGCUCCUCCGGGGGCCCACGCCGGGCAGCAGGCCCCCGCCGACUGCGACGGCGGCGAGCCGCAGCGGUCCGUCGAGGGUGGCUCCUCCUCGAGCAGCCAGGACAGCGACGACGACUCCUCGGGAUCCUCGUCCGACUCGGGCCACGAGGGCCCGGCCGCGGCUGGCGGCACCACUGCCGGGAGUUCGGCCCCCAGCGGUGCCGCCCCAGAGCGGCCGGCCCCCGCCGCCACGGGAGGCGCCGCCUGUGAGGCGAGAGCGGGUGGCGGCAGCGGCGCAGAGGCGGAUUUCCAGAAGGUCCUCGAAGGGAAUCUUCGAAAAAGCAGUGCAAGACGCACGCCGACAAAUGCGCGCAGCUGA